AUGUCCUCAAAAAGAAGAAAACUAAGAAAAAUCAAAAAGAUUACCAUCAGGAGAAAUACAAGUUUAUUUGCCGAUAGCAUGGUUGAUGAUAAUGGGAGUGGUGGUAAGAAAUGUGAUUCGUUGUGUGUGGGUGGUGAUGGAUCGAAAGGAGAUGAUGCGGUUGAUGGUGGGAAAAAUGGUGUUAACGAACGUAUGAGCGGUACUGAUGAGUGUGUAACGUACGGUGUGGAUGAGGGAGUAGAACGAAACGAGAUGCAUGGCAUUGUCACGUACGGUGUGGAUGAGGGAGUAAAGAAGGAUUGCUUGGCGACCGGUAGCGUUGCGAAAUAUGAAAAGAACAGUUUGAUGAGUGGUACCGCGGCAGACGGGGUAUUGCGGAGGGAAAUGGACUUGAACGCGGUUACUGAACAGGACAUGGACGAUUCGUCUAAAGGAGGAAUAAAAGCGGAACUACCAAAUGCGUACACCCCGCAGAACGCGGGAGUAGAGAUGGACACACCGGUUACGACCAGGGCAGUGGUGAACCAAACAGGAAACGGUACUUUAAUCAGCACAUCUGACUGCUUGUGGAGUGACCAGGCACUGCCGGGCUGUAACUCUGCUUUUUCCAGGGCUGAGAUUGAUCACAUCAACCGAUCAAUCCAGUCACACACAUUAACUCAAUCACAGUGUGCCACCGAUAGGACCGUUCCAUGUGGUCAAAAGGAGCAAUUAAAUGGCCCGGUGCACGUGAUGGUUGAAAAGAGAGAAAUUCCAUUUUCGGGUGAAAAUGGUGCUUUGAUUGGGUGCAAGGCGGUUGACACUCAGGAACAAUCACACGAUGUGACAGGCACUGACGGGCAGUCACUUAUGACGCACGAGUUGAACGGACACGACACGUUUAUGAGGCCAAUUUUGUGUUCAGGUGAUUUCGUGUGUGCAGAUCAAGGCCAAAAAGGAGAACAGGGCGCUCAAAAUUUAAAGGAGCAAACAAAUAAAACCGUGCAAAUAAAGGAGCACAUGAAAAAAGAGAACGACUACGUGCAGGAGGAUGCGUAUGAUGACGGUGGGCUGAUCACGCAGUGUGAGGCAAGUGAAGUUUUGCUGAGGCUGAGCGAGGGAAGAAGUGAGCACUGCCGCUCGGAUGGUGCACAGCAGGGCACGAGCAAUGAGAACGGGGCACAAGACAUGGGGGACUACAGGGAGAGCACGAGCAACGAAAAUGACGGUGGGUACAAGGAUAAAGCGAACGAGUACAGCACAGGCCUGGUGGGCACCGAGCGACACUUUGCUCAUGAGGACGAGAAGAAGGUACUGAGCGUUAUUGCGCACGAAAAGCUGCGGAAUGAGACGCUUAGAGAGGAGAACGCACAUCUGAAAGCGAUCAUUUGCGAGAUAAAGGCGCUCAUCAAAAUGAAGAACCAGAAUAUAAGUGCGCUGGAGCAGCGCGUUAAUUUCUUGGAGUGUGAGAAAAAGCUGAGGGACACCGACCGUGGCGUGAUAGAGAACGGUCUUGAGCUGGUUGACAAGCUGAAGGUGGUGUACCAAGAUGAAGUGCGCAUGUUCUGCAGGAAGAUGGAAAAAGUGAGGAGAGAGAAUACGGUGCUGAAGGGGAACUAUGACAUGCUCAAAAAGACGGUCGCCGAGCUGCUCAAGGAGCGGAGGGACGCGAAAGAGGAGUACUGA